CUUUGCCCGAAGGAACAGGAAGAGCUUCCCACCGGAUGUGGCCGACGAGGGGGACACGCCGUCCACCUCCUCGAGGGAGGGGUCGGAGCCCCAUCCCCCUGCCCGUGAGGCCCAGUGCAGGGUCCAGGUGAGCGUGCCCAUGGAGGGGUCAGCCCAAGGGGGAGUGAAGAGCAAGAGGGGAAGGCCUCCCCAGAAACCACCCAGGACACACCGCGGGGCCCAGUCUCAGGCUGCUUCGCGGCUCAGCACACCUGGCUCCGACCCAGAGCCCCGAGCACCCCUCCCUCUGAGGCAGCACGAGGACCUGGAGCCCAGCGCGGCAGAGCACAGAGAGGUGCUUGCUGCACGUGCAGGACCCAGGGAUCCACUGAGGGGACAUCGAGACCUGAUCCAUCCUGCCUCAAAGACACUGGACCAGCUGGUUCCUGGCCACCACACUGGGCAGAUCGGACCUCUGUGCCGGCAGGACGCCCAGCCCCAGAGCUUCCCACCGGAUGUGGCCGACGAGGGGGACACGCCGUCCACCUCCUCGAGGGAGGGGUCGGAGCCCCAUCCCCCUGCCCGUGAGGCCCAGUGCAGGGUCCAGUCUCAGGCUGCUUCGCGGCUCAGCACACCUGGCUCCGACCCAGAGCCCCGAGCACCCCUCCCUCUGAGGCAGCACGAGGACCUGGAGCCCAGCGCGGCAGAGCACAGAGGAGGAGCUGCGGGUCCACACCGGGAACGGGCGCUCUCAACCCCUGGGCUCAGCAGCGCCCUCAUCCUCAGGCUGGCGGCUCUGCCCUGA